GGGGUUCGGCUCUCCUUCCCUGGGUGUUCCAGACCGGAACUAGGCCGAGAAGUGGGCGAGGAAGACGAAGCUGUAACCGGUAUCAACAUGGCAGGAGCUGACGGCGAUGACUCGUUGUAUCCUAUCGCUGUCCUCAUUGACGAGCUGAGGAACGAGGACGUGCAGCUACGUCUUAACAGCAUCAAGAAGUUGUCGACCAUAGCUCUAGCUGGGGUAGAGAGGACCAGGACGGAGCUGCUCCCAUUCCUCACUGAUACCAUUUAUGAUGAAGAUGAAGUUCUUCUUGCACUGGCUGAACAGUUGGGAAGCUUCACCACUCUGGUUGGAGGACCUGAAUUUGUGCAUUGCUUGCUUCCUCCCCUGGAAAGCUUGGCAACUGUUGAAGAGACAGUCGUCCGUGACAAAGCGGUAGAGUCCUUGAGGAAGAUCUCUCAUGAACAUUCUCCUGUCGAUCUUGAAGCUCACUUUGUGCCGCUGGUGAAACGUCUGGCCAGUGGAGACUGGUUUACGUCUCGCACGUCAGCAUGUGGCCUUUUCAGCGUGUGCUACCCCAGAGUGUCUAGUACUGUCAAAGCAGAGAUAAGGCAACAUUUCCGCAACUUGUGCUCUGAUGACACUCCCAUGGUACGCCGUGCUGCUGCUUCCAAGCUUGGGGAGUUUGCUAAAGUACUUGAACUGGAAUAUGUGAAAAAUGACAUCAUUCCUCUGUUUACAAACCUGGCAUCAGAUGAGCAGGACUCUGUACGCUUGUUGGCAGUAGAAGCCUGUGUUAGCAUUGCACAACUUCUUCCUGAAGAGGAUCUUGAAGCUCUGGUGAUGCCUACACUCCGCCAAGCUACCGAGGACAAAUCCUGGCGUGUCCGCUAUAUGGUAGCAGACAAAUUCUCUGAACUCCAGAAAGCUGUUGGCCCAGAGAUCACAAAGAAUGACCUUGUGCCCGCAUUUCAGAACCUGCUGAAAGAUUGUGAAGCAGAGGUUCGUGCUGCAGGGGCACACAAAGUAAAAGAAUUUUGUGAGAAUCUACCUGCUGAUGGAAGGGAGGCCAUUAUUAUGAACCACAUUCUGCCCUUUGUAAAGGAACUGGUAUCCGACUCAAAUCAACAUGUCAAAUCCGCUCUGGCUUCUGUAAUCAUGGGAUUAUCCACAAUUUUAGGCAAGGAUAAUACAAUUGAGCACCUUCUACCUCUUUUCUUGGCGCAGCUGAAAGAUGAGUGUCCUGAAGUAAGGCUGAAUAUUAUAUCUAACCUGGACUGUGUGAAUGAGGUGAUUGGAAUUCGCCAGCUUUCUCAGUCACUGCUCCCAGCUAUUGUGGAGCUGGCAGAAGAUACCAAGUGGAGAGUGAGGCUUGCAAUCAUUGAAUAUAUGCCUCUGCUUGCUGGUCAGCUUGGUGUGGAGUUUUUUGAUGAAAAGCUGAAUUCUCUGUGUAUGGCUUGGCUGGUUGACCACGUUUAUGCAAUCCGAGAAGCAGCCACAAACAAUUUAAUGAAGCUGGUGGAAAAGUUUGGUGCAGAGUGGGCCCAAAAUACUAUUGUCCCGAAGGUCCUGGCUAUGGCAAAUGAUCCCAACUACCUGCAUCGAAUGACAACUCUGUUCUGUGUUAAUGCGCUGUCUGAAGCAUGUGGAAAAGACAUCACCACUAAACUGAUGCUGCCUAUUGUAUUAAAGAUGGCGGCUGAUCAGGUGGCUAAUGUUCGUUUCAAUGUAGCCAAAUCACUACAAAGGAUAGGACCUGUCCUGGAUAGCAAUACAUUACAAUCAGAUGUCAAGGCUGUACUUCAGAAACUGGGCCAGGAUGAAGAUAUGGAUGUGAAAUAUUUUGCCCAGGAAGCCAUGACUGUCCUUUCCUUGGCAUAAGAAGAAGUUGCAGACAACCCGUCCCCUUAUUGUAUGUUGAGUAUGUAGUAGAAUGAUGUUUUGAACCUCUGCGGAACAACCUUUCAAGACCUCACAGGACAAAUGGCAACUACUGUUGGAAGGCCACAUUCCCUGCAUAUGUGCCUCUUCUAAAAGACUUCUUUUUUUUCUAUGUUAUUUAUACAUUUUCAGUCUCAUUAUUUUUAUUUGCAGUACAAAAGGAGUCUUACUUGUUCGUGGUGAGGGUCAGUAUAUUCUUGGCUAUUGGUGUUUUUGAGUUGGGGACCUGAUGAAACUCUUUUCAGAGAGCAGUGUUCAGAGCUAGAUGUGGGAUUAACACAUGACACUGAUGUAGAAGUUAAAGGGGUACACUCUCUGCUGACACCUGAUGCCCGUAUCAGGAACUGUCCAGAGCAGGAGAAAAUCCCCAUAGCAAACCUAUGCUGCACUGGACAGUUCCUGAGAUGGACAGAGGUGUCUGCAGAGAGCACUGUGGUCUGACAGAAAAGAAAUUCAAAAAGAAAAUAAUUUCCUCUACCAUACAGCUGCUAAAAAGUGCUGGAAGGGUAAAUAUUUUUUAAUAGAAGUAAUAUACAAAUCUGUUAAACUUUCUAGGAUCAGUUCAUUUAAAAAAAGAAAAAACUAAUAAUUUUCCACCGGAGUACCCCUUUAAAGGGGUAGUCCAGUGGUGAAAAACGUAUCCCCUAUUCUAAGGAUAGGGGAUAAGUUUCAGAUCGUGGGGGUCCGAUGGCUGGGGGCCCCGGCUCGCUGGCCAGAGAGCGCGUGUUGACCACCUCACGAAGCUGCGACUGACACGCCCCUCAAUACAACUCUAUGGCAGAGCCGGAGAUUGCCGAAGGCAGCGCUCCGGCUCUGCCAUAGAGUUGUAUUGAGGGGGUGUGUCGGCCGCCGCUUCGUUGCGGUGAUCAACAUGCCCCCUUCCCGCGGGCUGUCGUGGCCCUGUACAGGAGAUCGUGGGGGGUCUGACCGCUGGGGCUUAGGAUAGGAGAUAACCAGUGGUGAAAAACUUAUCUCCUUUAAGCUUUGUCAGAGGUGAGGCUAUUCUAGAAGUGGGUGAAGGGGAGACCCAGGAAGUUAAAGCGCAAUUAUACCCCCCACAUUAAUACCAUGAUAGUAUAGAUGAUGAUACGUGUAAUGCAGAUGUACUUUUGGCUGCUCUUUAUCACCAGGAAAAUGGUUUUAUCGUGCGGUCAGCAACUGUCGG